AUGACAGCAGGAACUGUUGUAAUCACCGGUGGUAUACUAGCAACAGUUAUCUUACUGUGUAUCAUUGCUGUCCUGUGCUAUUGUAGGCUACAGUAUUAUUGCUGCAAGAAAGAUGAAUCUGAUGAGGAGGAAGAGGAGGAGGAGGAGGAGGUGGAGGAGACUGACCUUCCGUCACACUCACACUAUGCCAUGUGCAACACUUGCAACUUUCGUAUCAUGGACGGACAGAGCAAUCCCUCCUUUCCACCCUAUGAGCAUAACCAGCUGGGCAAUCGCAACUAUUGCCCAGCCUGUUCCCCCUACAGCUCCCCGUUUUACAUACGGACUGCUGACAUGGUGCGGAACGGGGGCGAGAGGAUCACCCACGCACCUACAUGCUGCAAAGAAAUGGGGCUGCCCAUCAAAAUGGCUACCCUUCAGAGUUACCCGGUGACCCAUCACCAUUGCAUCCUACACGAGACCUUUUCUAACACAAGGGCUUUCAGUACAGAAGUAUGA